AUGAGACUGAAAACAUAUGAAUAUAUUGGCCUAUUAAUUGGCCUUUUCAUUGCUUUAGAGCCAUCAUAUAUUCAUCCAGAUGAACACUUUCAAACACUAGAGCCAAUUCUGCAAUGGUGGAGUGGUUAUAAAGGUACAAUAGCUUGGGAGUUCCUACCAGAAAAUGCCUCUAGAAGUAUCACAAUUUUGAAGCUUUAUUACACGCCAAUGCUCUGGCUUAAUGAUUAUCUUUUCCAUUUAAAACCCGUGGGUCUAUUAUACCUCUAUCGUAUCCAAAAUUAUCUACUGUACACCGUUAUUGCUUCAUUAUUUUUAGAGUUUUGCGAGGUUUCAAUCACUCAUAAAACAAAGGCGAAAUUCUUUAUUAGAACUUCGUAUGUAACCUGGGUGUUUCAAAGCCAUACCUUUUCCAAUUCAUUAGAAACAAUUCUAUUACUAUUAUUGUUAUUUGUGUGCCAAUAUUGUAUCUAUGAGGUCAGGAGCGGAAAAUCACCUUCUUUUAUUACCAGUUUUUGGAUUGGGGCUUUGAUUUCGAUUGGAAUUUUUAAUAGAAUGACCUUUCCUGCAUUUUUGGUCUUACCAUUACUCUCUGUAUUCUACCAUUGUUUCAUUAGCCAUUGGUUACCACUAGCUUUUUCAGUUAUUAGUGCUAGUGUGGUAUCUGCAAUAAUCAUAUUCUUUGAUACCAAGGCUUAUAACCCAGUAAACGGCGAAUGGAUUAUUGCUCCAUGGAACAAUCUAGUCUAUAAUAUGAAUGUCGAUAACAUUGCACAACAUGGCCUGCAUCCCCGCUAUACCCACUUACUAGUAAACUUGCCACUUCUUUGUGGACCUGUUCUAAUACUUCUCCUUUCGAAAAGAUACAUUUUGAAACUCCCUGCAUUGUCUGCACUAUCAGGAGUGUUGAUACUCUCCCUUUUUAAACACCAAGAACUAAGGUUCCUCGUGCCAAUUGUGCCAGCAAUCUGCGCGUCCAUAAAUCUUGAAUCCUUCGAUACAUUCAUUCAAGGCGAGGUUAUCUUGACCAUAUGGUUUAUAUUUAAUAUUGUCAUGGGAUUGCUACUAGGCGUUUUCCACCAGGCUGGGAUAAUAUCUCUAAUUUCUCAAUUCUCUUCACACGAUAUACCAGUGCAUGUUUGGUGGAAAACAUAUUCUCCUCCUACUUGGAUAUAUGCGAAUUAUAAUCUUACUGUAUCCACAACGAACUUUGUUGAUAACAUAGAAUAUGUCGAAAACGUUAACUGGAAUGUUACAUCCAAUCAUGUAGUGGAUUUAAAAGGAAGCGAUGUAGAGCUUUUGAAUGAGACUCUCACAAACUUCAUUAAAUUCACCGACUCAAUUCAAUUAAUUUUGCCAAAUACUGUUAUGGAGCAGUUAGAACCUCUAAGAAAAGAGUGGAACUUUACCGUUGAUCGGGAAACAUCGCAACAUUUAGAUUUAGACCACAUUGAUUUCCCACGUUGGAAAACAAUGAAACCAGGCUUAAAAUUACUAAAUGUCAGUCAUAUAAUAUCAUGA